ACUGUAAAACUCUCAAAAAGAGAGGGAACGAAAGAUCGAAAAGAUUGGAACGUGGUUGAAGACAAUGAGUGUGGGUAGGAUCGGUCGUUACAGUGUAGUGUCGACAGAGGAGGAUGGUCUACGUUUAACGACCAUGCAUGGAGGAGGGAUGAAUGGAUAUGGCAACGGCAAAAUCCACACUCGGCGAAAAUGUUGCAACCGUUUCGUGAAAAAAAAUGGACAGUGCAAUGUGCAGUUCACCAACAUGGACGAGAAGUCCCAGCGCUACCUGGCGGACAUGUUUACCACCUGUGUGGACAUCCGUUGGCGCUACAUGCUAAUUGUUUUCACGCUAGUCUUUGUGAUUUCCUGGUUGGUGUUUGGAUUGGCAUUUUGGGUGAUCGCGCUUCUUCACGGUGACCUCGACAACCCGGCAGGCGACGAUAACUUUACGCCGUGUGUCUUGCAGGUGAAUGGCUUCAUUGCUGCGUUCCUGUUCUCCAUUGAGACACAAACGACUAUCGGUUACGGUUUCCGUUGCGUAACGGAGGAGUGUCCUCUCGCGGUGUUUCUAGUGGUCUUCCAAUCAAUCGUGGGCAGCAUCAUCGACUGCUUCAUGAUUGGCGCCAUCAUGGCCAAAAUGGCCCGGCCCAAGAAGCGAGCGCAAACUCUACUGUUCUCGAAUAACGCUGUCAUCGCCAUGCGUGAUGGAAGACUGUGCUUAAUGUGGCGGGUAGGGAACCUACGAAAGAGUCACAUCGUAGAGGCGCACGUUCGGGCGCAGCUCAUCAAACCACGCGUCACGGCCGAAGGCGAGUACAUCCCGCUCGACCAACUGGACAUUAAUGUUGGUUUCGAUAAAGGACUCGACCGCAUCUUCCUUGUCUCGCCAAUCACCAUCCUCCAUCAAAUCGACAAAGAGAGCCCUCUGUUCGGCAUCAGUCAGCAGGACCUCGAUAAGGCAGAUUUUGAAAUCAUCGUGAUCUUGGAGGGCAUGGUGGAAGCUACGGCUAUGACGGCUCAGGCUCGAAGCUCGUACCUGGCUAGUGAGAUCCUCUGGGGGCAUCGAUUUGAGUCGGUGCUGUUUGAGGAGAAGAACCAAUACAAGGUUGACUACUCACACUUUCAUAAGACGUACGAGGUGCCGUCCACUCCUCGCUGUAGUGCCAAGGACUUGGAAGACCGAGGCUCGAGCACAGCCAAACACUCAAGCUGACACGGGAGACGAAGUGUCAUAGAAGUGACCCGAAAUUACGUGGUUGCUUCAGAAAAUGUGCUUUUCACUUUGCAUGUUGUUUUCGGACACUGUCGGAUGGGUUUAGGCACUGGUUUAGGGUAAGGAUGUCCUUUUUGUUUACCAUUCGUUUGAUUUGAGAUCACUAUUGGUUAGGUUUAGGUUAAAGUUUUAAGUUAGGGAGGAAUGUUUUACUCAUUAUACCUCCAUCAAAUAUUCUCCUUAAAUCCUCGUCUGAUUACAACAGCAUUUCACUCGCUUUUGGCGCCCCCCGCUGGACAUUACACUCGGAAACUGCAGCCAAACGUGUAAUGAAGCAUGUGAUUUCGUUUUGCAAAAAUGCUGCCAAGGUCAUGUAAUGUUCAUGAGAUCAGGGCUGAUUUUAAGGCAUUGCAGGAGCAUCAAAAAGGCAUCGUAAUUACAUUGUCUUCUAAGAUACCUUUUUUUUGCAAAAUUCUAAAGGCUGCAUCAAAUGUAUCAAAGGGAAUUCCAGAAUGCACUGUUCAAAACUAAGUGAGAGAAAUGUCAAUUAUAACUGUAUUUGAUUCAAAACAGAAAGGCAUUGAUAUAAAAUAGACAAAAAUGUACUAUUUAACCCAAAAUUAGCUUCUUAGUGAAUUGCAUCAUUAUUACAAUGCUUCUGCGCAUGUCUGGUCCUGAAGCAUUUCCAGUAGUUGCAUUUAUAUAACGUGUCUAUACAAAAAAAACAAAACAAAAAAAACGCAUCCUUUUUGAGUCUAGCUAAAACAGAACAAAUAAGACAUAUGCACAACCUAAAAUUAAACAACGAGGUGUCAUUACUGGAUCCUUUAAAUAAGACAUUUCUCAAUGGACAUUACUUAAUUUUUGCCAUUUCUUUGUGGUAUAAAUCACCAUUAUGCCACAAGUGCUGCCGAGUGAACUUAACUUGCACUGAACCCAGAAUAUUCCUAACAAACACAGAAUAUUCUGAAUAUUCUUUUAAGACAGGUUAUAAAGCACUGUUGUUUUAAAUGUGUUUGACAAAUAACCAGACAUUUUCUAAGAACAAAGAUGUCACCCACAAACAACAAAUAUGCUAAGAAAUGGUCUAUAAUGCCCUCAACUAAGGCUCUAUGUGUUAUAUUUUUACUUACCUUGUCUAUGCAAACGUACAUCCACAAUGUCCACUCCUGUUAUGACCAUGUUAAGCAGGUAAAUCUGUUAACUUUCAUUUGAUACGUUCAAGGACACUGCACAACGCACAGCCGGAAAUUCAUCCACCUAGAAAAGUAGUCCCACCAAUAAAGGAUUAUUUAGGCAACUGUACAGCAAAAAUCAGGGACUAAAAACACGUUCUGAGCAAAAACUGUAUUUUUAAUUUUUUUCGUUCCGGUUCAGAAGUUCCGCAGCCUCCUUUCCAAAUAGUAACUGGUUAGAACAAAAUAAAAGAACGGUUAAUAACGUUCUUUUUAAAAUGACAGUACUCUGCGCUAAUGGCUGGGUGAAAUACCAAUUGCUGUGUUGCCAGAUCUCGCAACAGAAAUGAGACAUGGUCUGGAAAAACAAGCCCAACAUAAGCCACUUGCCUCACCAAAAUUAGCGAAAAUAAGAAAAUAAAUCCAGCAAUAAAUGGAUUUAUCAGCAUAGAAAUCCUAACAAGCAGUUAAUUAACAGUUAAGUAUAAAUUUAUAUACAGAUCUGCUUCUGAGUCAAAACCCAACAGCAUCAAAUCUGUAUCAAUGCAUCAUAACUUUGCUUGUAUUUGGAUUAGUUGUGCAUGUAUAUGUAGUAAUUAUACAUAGUUGUUAAAAAGGUCUUCAUUCACAGAAUGUGACAUCCACAACGGGCGAUUAGGCAAAGAAAUGUGUGAUGCAGCAGUUUCCAUCAGGAUCAAAACACAUGUUUCAUUUUUUCGGGCAACAUAAAGUGGUGUAGUUCCGAAAAAUGUACUGUGAUAAACCCUUUGGCCUUUAGUUCCAAGAAAAAAUUAUCAGAACAAAAUUAACCGGUUAUAACCUUUACCAGCAUUUAAAAAUUCAGUUUUCACUCCGGAACAAUUGAAAAUCACUUUUUUCCGGUUUUCAGUUACAUUCUGCUAAAAAGUUUGUUCAUUUUCGGUUUACGUCCCUUGUACCCUUUUUAGUCCCUGGCUAAAAUAACACAUUUUUGUCAAAGCGCUUUAUCAAAACUACGAGCUGAAUAUUUCAGCUUUUAAACCCUCCAGAAGGUCUUGCCCCAUGAAGUUAUAAUGUAAGUGCACUGUAGGUACAAUACUGUAUAACCACAAUUGUUUUGUGCAAUUUUUACAAGCUGAGCAACGAGUAGAAAUAAUUUUCUGGGGCACUAACAAUAAUACUAUAUUUUAGUUGUAUUUUAUAGUAAAGUCCACCGAUAGGAAAAAGGCAAAAGACGUGUGUGUGUGUGUGUGUGUGUGUGUGUGUGUGGGCCACUUGUCUAUGACUGUAUGACAGUAUGAAUGGGGAAAGGUCACAUUCAUGAAGCAAUAAUGAAAAGAUCAAAGCAAUACAUGAUGUGUGAUAAAAAAAAUAACUUUUCAGUUUUAGGAGUUUGAAGUGAAGCUAUGUACUCCCUGAGAAAGCACAGAGCUGUACUGUACUUUUUUUUUUUUUUGUAUAAAUGUAAUAAGUCAAACUCUGAUGUUUAAAUAGUGCUAUAUAUCAAGCCUUUUCUAUGAGAUUAUUCUACACCUGUGAACACAUUCACUUCUUAUCCCUUAUAAAGAGCAGUGUUGUGUUGAAGAUGCACUCAAUGAAAUAUGUAUUUUUGGAUAUA